AUGUCUCAAGUCGACGUCACCGAUCAUCUACCUCCGCGACCGUCCCCCGCCUACUGGACUGCUUCACGAUGCAACCGAACUCUGCGAAAGCUCAAGACGUUCGUCAGCCAGCUUGAGAAAUGGCACAAGGACUACACCGCUUUCAAAGCAACUUAUGAGAAGGUCGCUGAAGUGGGAGAGAAGUCUGACUCUACAAAGGGCUUGCAAAACGACAAAGAACAAGAUGCGGAUUGGUUGUCAACAGGUCCAGGCAAGGCAGGAGCCGCGAAGAAGAAAACCUACGCCUCGCGUAGCGCAGCCCCUACUACCCCAGCUGUUAAGCGUUAUCCUCUAGGAAGAUUGAGCCUGAGGACCCCUAGCGCAAGUGCGCAUCUUAUGUACAAGACUGUGUGCGUGGCUGAUCCAGACGGGGCCCUUAAGGACGGUCGCAAUGGUAGCAACGCAGCCAGAAAGAGUAGCAGUCACACCAAGCCCACCUUGCUGCAGGAUUAUGAUGUGCCGCUUGGUGAUCCCAAAGCAAAGGAAAACCCUCUGUUGACAUCGAAACGUCAGGAUAUUAUCAGAUAUGGCAACAUUGCAAUUGUUCAGUUCCUGGUUGCAACUUCCGAUGCGAGGCUUCCAAGUACUUGGAGCGAGCCUCUUACCGAGAAACAAAACGCUGAUCAGGAUGCCCGAGAGUAUGGGGCGAAAUCUCUGGUGUCAAUGUGUCUGGCCAAGUUGAGUGAAAGUCUUGUGGACGAGCAGAAAGAGAGUGACGCAAAGAAAGAUGGUUACGAUGGCGAGUGUGAUAUUAUUGGAACUCAACUUGAAGAGCUCGAGAACUAUUUUGGCCGCCCCAACACAGGCUGGCCUUAUUUGAGGGAUGUGACUCGAAGCUAUGGCAUCGCCUCAGUGCAACGUCUCAUUGAAUCAGGUACGAUGGAUAAAUACGACGCCCGUGGUCUUGCGGUGUCCGCCUUCGGAAGUCCCUUGCUGGCAGACUUCGGGGAAGCAAUCACCGAUACCCUGAUCCGCAUGGAUACAGGCCGGAAUGAGACUUUUCUUGAACGAGGCGGUUCACCUGGCUUCGGUGCAUAUGGAGAGUACAAAUGCAACGAGGGCGACGACUGGCGAACAAUGAUGAAAUUCCGCUGGCUUACUCAGGCGAUUCGACAGGAGUCAGAUGCCCACUUGAUUAUCAAACAUGUUGCCCGAUUCGAUGUACUGCGCAACGCAUAUGCGAGUUACCUGAGGCUUCAACAGGUUUCGGCCGCUGAACUGAUCGAAACCACCUUUUUCCGAGACUUGCAGGAAGAUCUGCAUCACAGAACCGAUUGUAUCCGUACAGAUGCUCGUUUUGAUUGGGACAUGAUAUGUGGCACACCUCCCUCAGACUUUCUGGGAAAUAGGCUGAGUCUGGUUGUGAGGAUGUUCUACUCAGACCCCACAGAAUGGACCACUCAUCUGAUUGAAAAGAUCUGCACCCAAGUUCAGCUAUCUAUGGAAUGGUGUCACAUCCAGGGACUAUCACGAUCUCAGAAGCUUGUCAUUGGUCAAAUCUUCUUUGUUGAGAUGUGCCUUGUCGCCUGCUAUCGGCGAAAUGUUAGGAAGUCUCUGCUGGCAUAUUUUGAGGCUAUAUUGUCCGAGAGUGAUGGCACCUUGGUGAACGAGAUGGAAAGUUACAUGGUAGCUAUCCUGCUUUCAGUAAGAGCCGAUGGUUCGAAAUUCAUGGCAUCAAUUAUGCAAAUCCUGGGAAUUCAGUGCGCAGAAAAUGAGCUGGUCCACAAGCUGCUUGCAAGGGUCUGUGCGGAGGCAGCUAUGGAUUAUGCCACGGACCAGGUUCAACAAGAAAUCUCGGCCGGUUUUUGGGCAUCUCGAAUUGAAGCAGAAGCACGCAAACGCAAUAAAGGAUUCUUUUCAAACAAGCAACCCCGAUCUGUUGAUCCAAUGGCACCAGAGGACUGGAAAAGCUAUAGAUGGGACCGUGAACUCUUGGAAUGGGUCGAAACAACUCCGAAGAAGACACGGGGUAUGCGAUUGACGACCAAGAUUCAGCAAUUGGAUGGAGCAUGUGAAAGCCCGCCCCUUGCCAAGAGUUCACGUUUGCCAAAGAAACAAGCUAUUCGACCCAAGGACUAUGGACUCAAGCGAAAGAAGUCUCUCUAUGUCUUCGAAGUGCACAGAGAUGACGAGUUUGACUUUGAGUACAAGAAGCCAAGAUUGAUGGACCCGAAGUCGCUCGAUGUUCACCCUGGCAAUACUUUCAAAGACGGUAUUCCCAAUGGUCGCCGUUCAGCCAAGCGCUAUGACGAGGAAGACUCCGAGGAUGAGUUGAGUUUGUUGAAUUGA